AAUAGAGCAGAACAUCUGCGGAGGGAUCAGAGAUCUGAGGAAGCUGCCGGGAUCACAGAGUGGGACCUCUCAUAGUCACAGCUGUGUUACUCUCUGCACGCUUCCACAUGGCUCUACCCGUGUCCCUCAUCUUCCUGGCCAUCGCCGCUGUGUGCGCCAUUCCCCCAGUGUCUAGUGCAAACCGGAAUCCCUCUGAUUGCUGCCUGGGGACAAAAUCCAAAGAGAUUCCCAGUAAUAGAGUGAAGUGCUAUAUCAAGCAGGAUCUGUCUACUGGCUGCAACAUAGAAGCGGUGAUAUUCGUCACUCGCUUUGGCAAGCACCUCUGUGCACCACCUAAUGAAAAAUGGGUCAAAGACUUAAGAAAACAAAAGAAAAAAUGUCCUACCAAAGCGGCCUGAAGAUGUGGAUGCCGGAGGAAGAUGGUGGCAAACGCAGUGGGUGGAGUCAGGUCUCUGUGUGUAGCCGACCAUUUUGAUUUCUGUCACAUAUGAUUCUCUCCCCAGCUGGUCCUUUCUUCUUCUCUGUAGUGUACAUGUAUGUAUUCUGUAUGUAAGACCCUGCUCCUCAUAUCUAUGUCACACGAUAAUCCCUGUACUGCCGGCAAACCUUUCCAGACAUUCGCGGCCCUAGAGAUGAAGCGGUAACGUUAGUAGAAAGCAGCUCAACGCCAACGUUUACAUGAAAUCCACCACAGAACCACCUGCUUGUUCUCUAGGCUGCAUCGUAGCACUUGGGGGAAACCACUUUUGGGACGAAGAACCAGACGCUAUUUUCAGAUUUACAUAUAUAUUUACAUUUACGUAUAUUUUUAUAUAUUUCUAGAUCUGCAAUGUCUUGGAUAAUAUACUAUGCUUAUAAAAAUACUGUUUCCACAAUGAGAUGAAAAGCACCAAGAUUACUUUAUGCAUGUGGGACGGGUGUAAUGCAUUCCAAUAGGGAGCAUGUUGUAUGUUGUACAGCUAUAACUUCUAAUUCAAUUAAUUAAACUUUUUUAGAGGCAUAUGUCUGCUACAUAACAACAGAGGAAGCCAUUUUGUGAGUGGAACUAGUAUUCAUGAUAAGGAAGCCUUGCUAUACAUUAGGAUCCAGUGACAUCACUGAGAAUGCAGCCAAUCCAUAGACUGGGAUCCAGUGGCAUCACUGAGAAUGCAGCCAAUCCGUAGACUGGGAUCCAGUGGCAUCACUGAGAAUGCAGCCAAUCCGUAGACUAGGAUCCAGUGACAUCACUGAGAAUGUAUCCUAUCCAGUCACUAGGAACCAGUGACAUCACUGAGAGUGCAGCCUAUCCAGUCACUAGGAACCAGUGACAUCAUUGAGAGUGCAGCCUAUCCAUUCACUAGGAACCAGUGACAUCACUGAGAAUGUAACCUAUCUAUUCACUAGGAACUAGUGACAUCACUGAGAAUGUAACCUAUCCAUUCACUAGGAACCAGUGACAUCACUGAGAAUGUAACCUACAGAUGUAUCCACAUUUAUCUUGACUGUUAAUAGGAUUAACUGUGACUGGCCAGUCAGACUUAAUCCCCUGCUGUAAUGACUUAAUCCCCUGCUGUAUUGUUCUCUGUAUUGUAUUGCAGUUGAGAACAAUAGCUGAAGGGUUUAUGCUAAUAAAUCAUGUUGUGACUAGGAACAGAAAAUUACUCAAGAUAACGGUGAAUACAUCUGUAUCCAUUCACUAGGAACCGGUGACACCAUUAAGAAUGCAGCCUAUCAGUUAGUUGAAUUCAGUGACAUCACUGAUAAUGGGACCCAUUCAUUCACUAGGACACAGUGGUAAAAAGUGCUGAGUGAAUUCACAGGUUGCAUUCUCUAAAUUAAUUCUUCCCUGUUUGUAGGCAAUAGAUGCACUUUAUUUAGCUCCCUCAAAGGUUCCAUACUGGCCGGGCUGUUUAGCAUAUUAACUGGGUUGAUUUGCAUGUUAUACAUUGUACUUAUGGCGCUAACCUCUGGAAUAACAGCCUCUCCCUGGUAAAGAUGCCGCAAGGGAUGAUGUCAUCCUUUGAGUUUUUACCAAUUCACUUUCACUGUUCUUUUACCAUAUAGGCAUAUAUCCAAUUCAUGUCGGAUCCUUUCCGACGGAAAGGAUCCAACAUGUGAGUAUUCAAUGCUGCGGCCAAACCCGACAGGUUUGGCCUGUUACCGACAAUGCCAAUCCGACUUUUUUAAAGUCGGAUUGACAUUGUCAAAAAACGGGGCUAACACCUGUCGGGUGUGGCCACACUUCUGACAAAACACGUGGAUUCCGACAAUCCACGUGUUUUACGUCAGGUCGGGAAUUCCUGACUUGUCGUAAAGAAAACAAUGGGCAUUGAAUAGCUCGGAAUCCCUUCCGACCUAAACCUGUCGGAAACUGCCGUCUUUCCGACAAGAAUUGAAUACCCUCCGUAGCCACCAAUGGGAAAGAGCCUAAGAAUAGGGUUGACCAAUGGGAAGCACUGAGUCACUUUAAUUGGGUGUGAAAUUAAGAUUUAUAUGUGAGUGCUUGUUAUGAUUUAAUGAAUGCAUAUGUACAGACGCGCUGCGGUAACGGCUUCUCGCUUCUGACAACGAGCCACAAAACAAUACAAAGGACAAAACAGGUUUAAAAAAUCAAUAUCAGUGUCUGGUUUAACAUUGUUAAUGUAUUGCAGUGUGUUCUAUAUAUCCUGUAACUACAAGUUUUAUAUAUGAUUCUAAUUAUUUUGUUGGUAACUUUGUAUACGAUUAAUGGCUUGGACUGACAGUGAUUACUGGGCGACGGAGAGUGACUGGAAGAUGAAUCGUUAGCGACAUCGGGGGCGGGGCUGGCAGCAAUAUGGCUUCCCUGGUUAUAAAGUGCAGUUUAGCACUGGUUGUGCCACGUUCACCGUCAGCUAAUAACUCAUAUUUAUUGUAAAGACAUUCCGGCCGUGUUAGAUACCACAGUGGAAUUUAUGGCUUGUGGGGGAAAUGACGAGGAAACAAUUGGUGCGAUUUUGGGUAAAUACAGGUUUCAGUUCAGGUGUAGAGGAUACAGUAGGCGUCAUUUAGAUAUGGGAGUAAAUCGGAAUAAAGGGAGUAAGACCUUGGGAUGGUUCAUGUCACUGUUCAUCUCUGCACUCUGGACGGAAAGUCUUCCAUGGGUUUACGGCAGCUCAUCCACGUGUAUCCGGCCUAUUAUAUGAUGUAUAUUUUAUAAUUGUUUUAUGGGACUUUUGGAAAUUGCUUUGUAAGAUAUGAAUUUAAUAAAUAUGUGAUUUCUAAA